AUGUCGGUCUUGCGCACCCGGUUGAAAUUUUCGACAAGCGAGGCAGAGCACGAAAUGAGCUCCCUGGACCGUCACCUGGGCUCCGGGUCCAUAUCGCGCACUCCCUCCCCCUUCCCGUGGCUUCAACCCACACUCGAUACAGAAUCGCUUGUCGCUAUCACGGCUCGCUCGGCUGCGUCGUCGAUGCAACAUGCGAUCGGCAAAAUUGCAUUGUGGUCGUAG